AUGGACGCACACUGCCCACAGGACCAGAACCAGCAAAUCGACAUUGCCAAGCUGGACCGCGCAUACAACAUCGCCGUGGCGGCGCUGGUGCUAGGCCUCGUUUUGUCGGUGCUGGCGCUGGCUCUAGUGCUGUACGUAGUUUCCUUGGUGCGCGGCGGCCGUGGUGGCGGCGGCGGCGGCGGCUGUCUCAGCCCAGGCCUUGGUGAUCCGCUUCGUGGUAGUGCGCCCUCAAUUACAAUGUCCGAUUCUGACAGCGAGACUUCGGUCAGCUACAACACGAUGUACACCGAACUAAAAGCGCGACUAGUCGCACUUAAGGAAAAUAAAGAUGUCAAGGCUGCGCAGGAGCGUCGCGCCGCUGACCCGGGCGUAAUUUUGAACAAGCAGCAGCUGGCUGCCAUGGACCAGCUGAACGCCGUGAAGCUGCAGCUGACAACCAUUAAGAAGCUUAUGGACACGAAGCCUGACGUGCAGGCGGUCGACGGUCCACCGGCGAAGCGGGCCCGUGUCGCCCUUGAGGAUUUCAAAUGUGACUUCGGCGCCAGCGAGGGCAAAGCGAACAAGUCUCUCAGCGGACAGCGCGUGCAUACCGAGAAAUGCUACAAUGCGGUAAUGGACAUUGAGGACGCGUGGCGCAACGUCCUCGCGGCUCGGCCCGGCGAGGAACGCUUCAGGAACAUCGAGGCCAUGGAGAUUGCCAUCACCGACGGCAAGGCCGUGUUCCGGGGGGUCGCGAAGGAGCUGGUCGUUGCAUACAACCACGGCUGGGAGGUCGUGCAUGAGAUGCGUGGCAUGGCGUACGCGGAGACGGAGGAGGAGCGCAAGGCGCUGAAGCAGGCCGUGAAGGCGGUGGCGGGCAAGAAGCCCAAGCAGGCCAAACCCGCGAGCGCUUGUGCGCCGCAUUUGAAGCCUCAGGAGGUGUACGACUACCUGGGCAAGUUUGCCGUACCGGGCCCUGUGGCGGCUAUGCCGUUGGCGGCGCUGAGCGGCGGUCAGCGCUGUCGUGUGGCUCUCGCUCUGGAGAUGCUGCCCAGGCCCCACGUGUUGCUCCUGGACGAGCCCACCAACCACCUGGACCUGAUCACGGUGGACGCCCUGACGGUGGCCCUGACCAACGGGGACCCUUAUAGCGGUCUGGCGUUCCUGGCUGCUUCCAACCUGGUUUCGGAGAGGGCAGCCGGGGCAGAUCUACGGGCCGCGGCGUUGCCCAGCACCAAGAGCGGUACAUUCGUCACGCCGCUGCAGGCAAGUAGCCCAGGCCUGAUCAGCGACAGCUACUGCCUCUCCUCGGGAUGCCCCCUCCUAGUCGGCCAGGCGUAUACGGCGGUCGUGGAGGUAGCAGCCAAGUCCCAGACCGGCGGAUCGGACGAUGCGUUGGGGGCGGUUCCCUGGGACCCCACGGGCAAUUGGGCCGGCUGCUCCCUGAGCUAUGGAGGGAAGGAAGGGGACCUGUACCCCGUGGCCAGGUUUGACUUUCUGGUGCUACCGGCCGACCUUUCCAAAUUUGGCAACGACGGGGCCGCGCUGCAGGGCGUCUGCCUGGCCGUGAUGCUCUGGUUCUGUCACUGGGUUCGCCUGGCUGGACAGUGA